AAGCCACCGCUUUUGUUCGCGGCCAGGGCAUGUAUAUAUUUUAUUUUGGCCUCUUUCUGUAAAUACUUUUAUCUAUCUACCGUCCCACCAUGGACAAGUUCGUGACCGUCGUCAAGCCAUCAACCGCGAGAACGCUCGGCGGUGCCGCCACAAGCGAACCCGCAGGGGGCAAGCAACCGAAGCAGAAGCCGCGCCCAGCCUACAGAUACAAUCCAUACACUGACGCCGACGCGAAUAAGCGAAGACCGGGAGACUGGAAGGAGAAACGGAGGGUCGAGAACCUGCUUGCGCCCCUUGUCAAGAAUGGGGUAAAGCCCACCCGGGCUGUGCUCACGAAGCAUCUAUUGAGCACUCUCGCCGACGAGUCCAACCCCAUCACUCACUCCGAUAUCUCUCAACGUUCGGAUUAUGUGGCCUCAACUGCGACUGGACAUCAGCGCUCAGAGGGUCGUGGAAACCACAAGCCAUACCUCGAGGCCCGCAGCAAGAAGCUAGAAGAACAACUGCCGGCGAGUGACUCGGCCCCUGAGACGAAUGUGCUGAGAGGUAUCCGGGUGUACAUUAACGGCUAUCUGGCAAACUCCACCGACAUCGAGAUGAAGAGAAUAGUUAAGCUCGCGGGGGGCGAUGUCAUGUACACUGCCUCAGGCGCCACGCACAUCCUGACCUCGCAGCAACUUAGCGGAACAAAGACGCAGAAAAUACUUUCUGGCAAUUCGAGGAGUAUUGUGUAUGUUGUACGCCCAGAGUGGAUCACCGACAGCAUUGAGGCUGGGAAUAGGCUGCCUGAACGCAUCUAUUCAGUGCUCCCGAAGGACGCCACCAAGACUUUGUUCGAUAUGCCGGAGGCUGGACCCUCCUGCGAUACGCCCGCUGAGCUGGAAUGAGCCAAUCUCUCUACGCAGCACUGCUGGGUUAUAUUUAAAGCUACAUAUGCAAUGCAUUCAUUGUUCACGUCGAGGCUGACGU